CUUCAAAUUAUCAUUUUGUUCCUCCCCACAUCAUGACAUCUUGCAUCACAUCUCCACCAGAAAGAGGGAGAACAAAUUAACAGCUGUUUUUUCUGGCUGCCACUCCAGGAGACCUUGCGAAUCAUCAUUGAAGAACGUACAUUCUCCUCCUGGAGCCAAGCCAAGCCCCGCCUCAACCGAACUCAAUUCCGUUCACCACGCUCGGUGUCCUAACGAUUCCAUCGCAUGGUCUCUUUGGUUGCAUUUGGGGCGUUUGAUUCCGAUUUCGAUUCCUGAUUCCUUACGUUCCGGGAUUCGACCUCCCACUUUCGUCGCGGGAUUCGGAAGGGAAAAUGGUGGAUGCCUCGCCGGAGAGAUCGUCGGGUUGCGGCCUGCUCAAUGCGGUGUUCGGGAAGCGGAGGACGACGUCCACCGGGUCGUUCAUAUCCCCCGGGCGCAAUGUUGGAGGCAAUGUGACUAAAUCGCCGAGCAACCCUAAUUCGAGGCAGAGGCACGGCGGGUCUGACGAGCCCACCUUCCUUGGUGCCAACGGAUCGGAAGCCCCACCUAAGCCGAUGAGUAUGAGGCCAUCUCCUAACCACCGCGGGAAUCCGAAUAUGUACUACCAAAAGCAAGCCCCUAGCAAGGUCGCCGACGAGAUGGGGAUGGCGUUGCCUUCGUCCGGGGUGACCAGUUCUGCGAAGAACCCUCAUAAGCAACCCUAUGUCAGCAAAGGUAGGAGGGUUCCCCCAGAGGCGACCGGCAUAUCGGGUGAGCUAGAAAGCAUGAUCGCCGAUCACCAAAAGUCCCGGGGAAGCAGCACGCUUGUCCGUGCAUCGUCGGGCAAUGUAAUGCUCUUCGGAAACUUGGGUAAUUUGAGGCAACCCGGGACGGCGAAAGCAAGCAAUUUGGGCAAUGUGCCGGACUCCUACAUUGGAAAGGCAGCUACGAGGAACGAGGCUCCGAUGCCUAAUGGAAAAUACACGAACAGUGUGAUGGGCAACAUCGUGAAGAAACCGGCAGAAAGCAACAGAAAGCCUAGCGAGUCACCGCCCCCCGCUUCUUUCUGCCGCGCACUCUCGACGAGAAUGGACCCCGAGACGCUGAAGAUAAUGGGCAAUGAGGAUUACAAGAACGGUAGGUUCGCCGAAGCCUUGGCACUGUACGACGCGGCGAUCUCCAUCGAUCCGAACAAGGCUUCGUAUAGGAGCAACAGGAGCGCCGCUCUGACUGCUUUGGGCCGACUUCUCGAGGCUGUUUUCGAGUGCAGAGAAGCCAUUCGGAUCGAUCCUCAUUAUCAAAGAGCUCAUAAUCGGUUGGCAACCUUGUAUCUCAGAUUAGGCGAAGCAGAAAAGGCGAUGUAUCACUACAAACAAUCGGGGCCCGAGGCCGAUCCGGAGGACAUUGCGAAAGCUAAAAAGGUUCAGUCCCAUCUCAGUAAAUGCACUGAAGCUCGCAAGCUAUGGGAUUGGAAUACUUUGAUAAAAGAAAGCCGAUGCGCCAUAUCGGCCGGCGCCGAUUCGGCUCCUCAGAUUUUUGCAUUGCAAGCCGAGGCAUUGUUGAAGCUGAGGAAGCACCAAGAUGCGGACGAAGCACUGUCGGAGGGUCCGAAUUUCGAGGUUGAGGAAUGUACGAAGUUCCUGGGUCCGAUCGGGAAUGCCGGUUUGCUAGUCGUGCGGGCUCAAGUUGACUUGGCCGUCGGCAGAUUUGAUGAUGCCUUGGAGGCGGCUCAACGCGCGGCUCGGCUGGACUCGAGCAACAAGGAAGUGAACCAUGUGAUUAAGAGGGCUCGAGCCGUGGCGGGAGCCCGGCACAAAGGGAAUGAGCUCUUCAAAGCCGAGAGGUUCUCCGAGGCUUGCGUAGCGUAUGGAGGAGGGCUCGAGCACGACCCGUAUAACUCGGUCUUGUUGUGCAACCGCGCCGCGUGCCGAUCCAAACCGGGCCGGUAUGAGAAGGCGGUCGAGGAUUGUACCGCCGCACUCAAUGUCCGCCCGUCUUACAGUAAGGCCAGACUAAGAAGAGCCGAUUGUUUCGCCAAGUUGGGCAAGUGGGAGGCUUCGAUACAAGACUACGAGGUGUUGGCGAGAGAAGCGCCGGAAGAUGAAGAAGUGAGCCGAGCGCUGUUGGGAGCCAAGGCACAACUUAAAAGACAAUGUGGUGAAGUCGUGUAGGGUUUGCAAAAUCUCAAAUUAUGGCGUGUUAGUGUUGUGCUUGCCUCUCUUGGCGGGUGUACUUACUCCAAUUAGACAAAAACAAAUCUGUGAUUACUAGAAUGCUUAGUUGAUCAAAUAUAUAAUUUAGUGAAUCCUAUU